CUUUCUUCAGGGGAGUCCCUUUCACCAUGGAACGACUUUUGUUUGUGGCUGCGAGCAUACUCAGUUGGGAAUGUAGUUGCGCACUGGCCUUUCGGGGUCCGGCUUCGACUAGAUUGCCUUCAUCCCUCGCUCGUCGAUUAGGAACACGGUGGCAUGGGCCCGCAACGACCCGUCUGGCAGCUUUCCUUUCUCGACGUGACGUUGUAUCCUGUCUCGUGGGUAGUUCCAUAGCAGUGGGCACGGCAGCACCGGUACAGGCUGACGACGGAGAUUUGACGUCACAAUUGUUCAAUCCGGACGGUUCGUUGAAAGAUUCGGCCUCGAUAGUCACGGAAGCCCAGACUCGAACCGUCACGUCCACGUGGGACGUUUCCGACGACUUACUGAUCAAUGCGGAUGGAACCAACGUACAGACACCCAGUGGUACUUCAGUGGAGUGGUCGUACACAGUUCCGGAAAAGUGGUCCGCCGGGACUGGAGGGGUCGACCUCUAUCUAGAUCGAUCGGAGGGGAUCAACGCCAAGGCCUGCGACGGGAUCCUCGUCUACCAGGCUCCGGGAACAGCCAAGGCCAAUCUCUUGUCCAAGGCGAGCACAAUUGGCGUACCCCAGGCCUUGAGUAUGGCUCAAGCGAUCCCCGGACUGGACAAGGCCGACUUGAUUUCGGGACGCACACGCAAGAACGCCGACGGUCUCCAAUUUUACGAAUUCGAUCUCGGCCGGGCUCCCAAAACGUGCGAGGACUCGGCGGAGAACUUGGGGUUGGGCUUUUGCCCCUUCGAUUCACUCUUUCUGAUUUCGGCUACCGUUUUGGAUGAUAAACUGUACGUACUGGUGGUCCAGUCCGACCGGGGUGAAUGGAAACGAGCCAGUAGUGAUUUGAAACGCGUGCGUUCCAGUUUUGCCGUGGGCCGUGCAGCCUAAGAGAUUGUAUGCUUGGCAGGAAAUAAAAACUUCGUCGCAUGCAAGCGGGCAAAUAUCAUCCACGGCAGACGACCGUUUCCACGGGAGAGCUAGCUAGCUACACACAAAAACUACGUCACAAAAG